UUGGUGGAGCAAUAUCCUGCAUUGGUCGAACCAGCAAAACUAAUCCUGAAGAAGUGCAAUGGACUUCCCCUUGCCAUAGUCACCAUAGGUGGUUUCUUGGCUGAUCAACCAACAAAAACUGCUGCAGAGUGGAGGAAACUGAAUGAGCAUAUCAAUGUUGAGCUGGAGAUGAAUCCAAAGUUUGAAGUCAUAAAAACAGUCCUCAUGAAAAGUUACGAUGGCCUACCCUAUUAUCUCAAGCCUUGUUUCUUGUACAUGUCCAUCUUCCCUGAAGACCGCAAUGUUAGUCGGAGGCGUUUGGCUUACCAAUGGGUUGCUGAAGGUUAUGCGCGAGACAAGUCCACAGCAGAUAGAUACUUCAUGGAACUCAGAGAGAGAAGCAUGAUAUUACCAACUCAGUAAUCAGUUUGCAGCAGACAAGGAUUCGACUCUUGCCAGCUACACGAUCUGAUUCGUGAUAUCAGCAUUGCAGAGUCUUUGGAGGAAAAUCUUGUUUUCAGGUUGGAGGAAGGCUGCAGCUUGAACACCCAUGGCGCAAUGCGUCACCUUGCCAUAAGCAGCAACUGGGAGGGUGAUGAGUGUGAGUUGGAGAGCACCGUGGAGCUGUCCCGUAUACGGUCAUUGACAGUGUUUGGCAAGUGGAAGCCAUUUUACAUCUCUGAAAAGAUGAGGUUUCUCCGGGUGCUGGACCUGGAAGGAACAGAAGGGUUAAGAAAUCAUCAGCUUGAGCACAUUGGGGAGCUCCUUCAUCUGAGAUACCUCUCUCUGCGUGGGUGUGGGUACAUCCGUUCCCUCCCAGAUUCGGUGGGUAAUCUGAGACAACUUGAGACACUAGAUAUCAAAGAGACGAGUAUAACUAUGUUACCCAGAACCAUCAUCAAGCUUAGGAAGCUAUGUUGUCUCCAUGCUGGUAGAGGUCCAGGGGGUAUUGAGGACAAUUGUUUCUCAAAGAGUAAAUACAUCUGUGAAAUACAACUUAGAUUAUGUGUAGCAUGCUGCUCACUGGAUCUUCCAAAAAUGGAGGGUUUUGGCAGGCGCGAGGGUUGCCAUAUUGCUUGCUGCUUCGUUUACCCUAAUAUCAUUAGGGGCAUAGAUGGUUCUGGCGUUAAGUUGCCAAGAGGGACUAGGAAACUGAAGGCCCUGUGUACACUGCGGUAUGUUCACCUUGCUUGGGGAAAUGCCAUUAUAAAAGAGAUAAAAGGUCUCACUGGCCUGGAGAAGCUAGGAGUGGUCGGUAUCAACAAGAAAAAUGGUCCAGGUUUCUGUUCGGCCAUUUCCAGCCUCAGCCAUCUUGAAUCAUUGUCAGUGCUGUCAGCGGAUAGCCUAAAUGGCUGUUUGGAUGGCAUGUCCACAUCUUUGGUAAACCUGCAGAGCCUCAAGCUAUCCGGCAGCCUAGAAAAAUUGCCGGGGUGGAUCAAGGGGCUCCAGAAUCUCGUGAAGCUCAAGUUAGAACUCAGCGAGCUAUCAGGGAACCUCGAAACCAUGCAAGUCCUUGGGAACCUACCAAACCUAUCCAUUCUGGGUUUGUGGGAAGAAGGGUUUGAGAUUGAUGUGUUCCAGUUCCAGACUGGCCUUUUCAAAAGGCUCACGGUGCUUGACCUUUUCUACUCAAAUAUGAAAAUUGAAUUAGUGGAGUUCCAGAAAGACUCAGUGCCCAAUCUUGAGAUGCUGACCCUUAGCCUUGGAAGUACCCAAAUUGCCUUCUCUGGGCUAGAACUUCUCGAAAGCAUAAAGGAAGUAUGGCUUAGUUUUCAUCAUCCCUGGGUUGGUACACCCAAAUCAUCAAAAAAUGGGGAAAAUGAAAAAAUGAGUAAACAAUUGUAUGAAGAGGUGAAAGAAGAAGAAAAGAGAAACAAACCCGGGCAAGAUAAAUUCAGGGAGGAGUUGCAGAUGCAGCUUGAUAGGAAUGAGAAUCAACCCGUCUUGAAGAUGCAAUGAGCUCAGAAACCCGGGGCAACUUCUCUCCUGAAUAUGCUGACUGAGUGGCUGCCAUGCCAUGCCAUGCCAUUCCAUUGGAAAAUCUAUCUUUUACCUACCCUCUUUGUUUUAUCAUUUGCAUUCCUUGUUAGUAUGUUGUAAUAAUGGGCUGAAAUAAAGCCCACCCGUCAAGUACAUUGUUGUUCUGCAGCUGUUAGAGGUGGUAUUUCUCUUUUCUGCUUUGGUAUCUCUUUGAGUUGCUGAAGAAUGGAUGGCCACUGCAAUAUAUAUGAUGCUCUGUAUCUGUAUCCUCUGGCGGUGUGUGUGCACCAUGGCUGGGCAGCUUAAUAAGGGUGUGGUGAUAUAUUACACAAUUGUAAACUGUUUGGAUUAGAUGCAGAAAAUUCGUCAGUACUCUA